AUGUCGAUGCCUCAAACCCAGCAGAUCGCACCCGCAAGUCUCUCCUACCGCAAUUCAUGCCAGCCCAUCUCUCCAUCUCCUCCCACUUACGCUGCCUCAUCUGUGAUGCCCUACGAGCGCAGUCUCUCGACAUGCUCUCUGAUCCAAGAUUCCGCGUCUGUAUGCUCUCUCGAUACCCAACUCCCACCUACAGCCACGGCCCACGGAAAGCGUGUGAUCGCGUUUUGGUUUCGUUUGGGAGCUGUGCACGUCAUGAGGCCAAACUUUGCAAAUUCAUUUACACUUACUCUCCGAUACGCUAGAGUUGCAGCGUGUCUCGUGGCCUACUUCCUCAACCUUUACAUCCUCCCAGCAAUUACAUCUAUGUUGUGCUCGUUGUGGUGCGAACGUCGAAAACCGUCGACGUCUAAUCGCAUAGGAGAGCGCCACUUCAAACUCUCUUCGAAACAGGCACCCCUUCAUGAACCAGGCACCUAUACAACACCCUCCUGGUUCUUUGAAGAGGAGGAAGCUGCCGAUAUGCCAUACGGCGCUAACACCGUGGACGGCGGAGGAGAGGGAUACUACGUGGAGUGUUCAUGGGGUCCGGAGGUCUUGGCCUAG